AUGUAAUAAUAAUAACCUAGAUAAAGAACAAAGGAGAGAUUUGUUAGUGAAGCAAUGAAUUUAGUUAAAUUAUGGAGGUUUUGUUCAUUCUUUCAUAUGUAGAUAAGUUUAUUAAGCUGAAACCAAAUUCGUGGAUGGCAGAUCUGUUCGAAUCACAUUAGAUUAGGCGGCAGAGAUUGUUGGCUGUCCACGAAAAACAUUAGAGGAUUAUUACUAUCUAUUAAGGAAGGCGGAAACCUUGGGUAGAUUUGUUAAUCUAAUUUAAGUUAAUUUAGAGGACAAGAAAAAUGAAAAGAUGGGUUACAUUAGAAAAUUGUGUAGGGAGAACAAAAAAUACAAAUAAUAGUUAAAAUAAGAGGAAGAAUGUUACCAACUUAAUUAAUUUUAAUUUGAGGAUAACAUCCAUGAUGAUUGA